AUGGAUGAAGGUACAGAAAUUUCAAGUGAUGGAAAUUCCUUGAUCAAAGCAGUCCAUCAGAGCCGACUUCGCCUCACAAGACUUUUGCUAGAAGGUGGUGCCUACAUCAAUGAGAGCAAUGACCGYGGGGAAACGCCUUUAAUGAUUUCUUGUAAGACCAAACACGUGGAUCACCAGAGUGUCAGUAAAGCCAAAAUGGUGAAGUACCUGUUAGAAAACAGUACCGAUCUCAAUAUACAGGACAAAUCUGGGAAAACUGCCUUGAUGCACGCUUGCUUAGAAAAAGCUGGUCCAGAAGUUGUUUCUUUGCUCCUAAAGAGCGGAGCUGACCUCAGCUUGCAAGACCAUUCUGGUUACUCAGCUCUUGUUUAUGCAAUAAAUGCAGAAGACAGGGAGACCCUGAAAGUUCUCCUUAGUGCUUGCAAGGCAAAGGGGAAAGAGGUCAUCAUUAUAACCACUGCAAAAUCACCCUCUGGGAGGCACACUACCAAACAGUACCUAAACAUGCCUCCUGCAGACAUCGAUGGGUGUCAUUCCCCAGCCACCUGCACCACUCCUUCUGAGAUAGACAUCAAAACAGCCUCAUCGCAACUUUCACAUUUUUCUGAAAGUGAACUGACGCUUUUUGGCUUUAAAGACCGGGAGGCCUGUGGAAGCAGUGAGGAUACCCGGGAACCAGGCUCCCCUGUGAGGAAGCCUGCAGUGUCCCCUAAUGGGCCCAAGCUAUCCCAGGGUCCAGCCUGGAUCAAAAGUACCCCGUUAUUAAAGCACCAGAACAGAGUGGCCUCCUUGCAAGAGGAGCUCCUGGAUAUUACACCAGAGGAAGAAUUCUCCAAAACCAAUGGGCUGGCACUUUCUAAGCGAUUCAUCACAAGGCACCAAAGCAUUGAUGUAAAAGAUACUGYGCAUUUGCUCAGAACCUUUGAUCAGGCUGGUUCGAGGAAGAUGUMAUAUGAUGAAAUAAAUUAUCAAUCUCUGUUUCCAGAUGGAAAUCAGCCAUGCGCUGAAAUUCCUGUUGACCAGGACCCAGACCCUAACCAGACGAUAUUUACCUCCACCUUGAGAAGCAUAGUUCAAAAAAGAAACUCARGGGCGAAUCACUACAGCUCUGAUUCCCAGCUUUCCGAAGGCCUUAUUCCACCAACUUUAGAAGAUGGCAAAGCAUUUACAGGAAAAAAGAAGAUCCUCUCGCCAUCUCCUUCACUGUUGUCAGGCUCCAAAGAAUUGUCAGAGACUAUCCCCCCAGGGCCCCUGAGCAGGAGAAAUCAUGCAGUUUUAGAAAGGCGGGGUUCUGGAGCUUUCCCUUUAGAUCACAAUAUUAUGCAGACCAGGCCUGGGUUUCUGCCACCCUUAAAUGUAAAUCCUCACCCUCCCAUCUCAGAUAUCAAUGUCAACAAUAGGAUUUGCAGCCUUCUUUCUUGUGGUCAAAAAGUGCUUAUGCCAACAGUUCCUAUUUUCCCUAAAGAAUUAAAAAGUAAAAAAAUGUUGUUAAGGAGACAGUCUUUGCAAACAGAACAAAUUAAGCAAUUGGUAAAUUUUUAA